AUGAAAUUCUUCGGUGCUUUCGUUAUCGCUGCUUUCGUAGCUCAGAUCGCCGCUGCUGUACCUUUGUACAACGGCUGUGGAUGCAACCAACAAGUUGUCCAACCAGUGCAACAAGUUGUCCAACCAGUUCAACAAGUGCAACCCAUUGUCAUUCCCCAACGCACCUGCCAACAAUGCUGCCCCAAACCCCAACCACAACCCAUUGUUGUUGAACAACAAGUUCAACCCGUCCAAGUCCAAGUUGAACCCAUUGUCCAAGUCGUGCCAUCUCCCGAUGUCCACGUCCACGACAAAGCCACCUACAACCCCACUUCUCACUCCACCUCUUACACCGUCUUCAACUUGGCUGUUCCCCAACAACAAACUGUUGUUGAAACCGUCGUUGUUGAACCUGAACCAGUCGUCGAAACCGUCGUCGUUGAACCUAAACCUCAACCCGUCAUCAUCCAACAAGCUGCCCCAUGCUGCUGCGAAACUGAAUACGUCUACCAAACACCUGUUGUCCAAGCUGCCCCUGUUGUCCAAGCUGCUGUUCAACCAGUUGUCCAACAAGUCUACCAACAAGGCCCCGCUUAUUUCCAACAACCACAACAACAAGAAGUGAUCUUCCACCAAAACGUUGCUGCUCCUGUUGUCUACCAAGUACCAAACGUGCAAGAAUACGUCGUGCCAGCUGUUCAAUACCAAGGCCCAGCUGUCCAACAAGUUUCUGCCCCAGUUGUUCAAGUUGCUGCCCCUGUUGCCCAACAAGUCGUAGCUCCAGUUGCUCAACAAGUUGUUGCCCCCGUUGCCCAACAAGUUGUUGCCCCUGUUGCUCAACAAGUUGUCCAACAACGCCCCGCUUGCGGAUUCUAA